GAUUGAAAUACAACUAAAUUUUAUAAGAAAUCAAAAUGAAAAUUUUGCUACAAUUAUUAUUGUUGUCAUCAGUAUUGGUGUCGUUCAGUGUUUGCAUUCACUCACAGAUCAAACACUAUCCGAACGUAACGCUCGACACGUGUGGUAUCGGACGGCAGUCACUGUUGACUACAAAAAACUGUUUCAAGUGGUCAUCAAAUGUGACUACAAGUGUACAAAACGGACGGUUAGCUCAACCGGGAGAGUGGCCAUGGAUUGUAUUCAUCACAACUACAUAUUAUUUUUUAGGGUUUAUCCCAUUAAUGUGGAAUCAUUGUACGGGUGUUAUACUAAACACCAAUUGGAUUAUAACAGCAGCACAUUGUAUACGUACCGAUCGGACAAUGACUUUGCGUACAGUUCAGGAUAAGACAGAUAAAAGCCAUACAUAUGGUGUCCAUCAGUGGUUCAUACAUACAAACUAUACGAUUAAUAAUGAGUUGUAUGACAUCGCACUAUUGAAACUUAAUAGUCAUAUAGGGAUUACCAGAUCACUGGAUGGCAGGUAUUAUACGGUAAACGGUAUUUGUUUGCCAGACAACAGACACGGUGUUAACAUCGAUGAAGAGUUGGCAUUGUUUGCUGCUUUUGGUAAAACAGAUCCGGGAGUCAGCAAUACGGGACCAUUGCGUACGGGUUGGUUAAAGUUUCAGAAAUCAACUAAUAAUCGGAUCGAAGCUUUCAGAUAUCCGGUUGAUAGAGGAAUAGGUGUUUGUCAGGGUGAUUCUGGCGGACCAUUAAUCCAAUAUGUUUUGGGUAGUAGUAGUAGUAGUAGUGGUAGUGGUAGUAGUGAUGGUAUGAAUCGGGCCGUACUUAUUGGUGUAGUCCGGGGUAUAAACAAUCAGCCAAUGGUUGGCGACUGUCUUAAUCUGAAUCCAAAUUCAUUUAUGGGUUUUAUACGAGUAUCCAAUUGUGUCAAUUGGAUUGUUAUAUUGUUGUCAUCAGUAUUGGUGUCGUUCAGUGUUUGCAUUCACUCACAGAUCAAACACUAUCCGAACGUAACGCUCGACACGUGUGGUAUCGGACGGCAGUCACUGUUGACUACAAAAAACUUUUUCAAGUGGUCAUCAAAUGACACAAUGGAUAUACAAAACGGACGACCGGCCAAACCGGGAGAACUGCCGUGGAUUGUCUUCAUUGAAGUUAAUAUAAAACCAUCGAUUUGGACACAAUUGUAUAGUUAA